CAAUUUCGCUUGUUCGAUUUGUCCUAUCAAUUCCCAUUAAUCUUCUUGGUUGGAUCCUAGGAUGGAAUCGAAAGGCGCGAAUCGUUUUCUCGCAGUUCUCUUGCUGAGCAUCGCGACCACAGCCUUUUCUGCUCCUUAUUACGACUCUGGCCUCACGCCUUACUACUACGACUAUGCUUGUUCUCAAGCUUUGCCGACCAUCAGACGCGUCGUCAAGGAGGCGGUGGAGAAAGAGAGGCGCAUGGGCGCUUCCUUGCUGCGUUUGCACUUCCACGACUGUUUCGUCAACGGCUGUGAUGCUUCAGUACUCCUAGACCCGACGCCCACCAUCGAUAGCGAAAAGCUUGCCGGCGCAAACAACAAUUCUGCUAGAGGUUUCGAAGUGAUUGAUCAAAUCAAGGAGGAGGUUGACAAAGUUUGUGGCCGUGCGGUGGUCUCUUGCGCAGAUAUUUUGGCAGUCGCUGCUCGCGACUCCGUUGUUGCGCUUGGAGGGCCAUGGUGGAACGUAAGGCUUGGAAGACGAGACUCGACCACCGCGAGCAGGACCACCGCCAACACUGACCUUCCGGCCCCGUUCAUGGACCUCAAUGCACUAACUAGCUCAUUCCAAAAACAAGGCCUCAGUGCCAAAGACUUGGUCGUUCUCUCCGGCGGACACACACUAGGGUUUGCGCAAUGCUUUACCUUCAAGGACCGAGCCCAUAACGACUUGAACAUCCACCCUAAGUUCGCGAAGAAGCUCCAGUCCCUUUGCCCUCGCGCCGAAUCCGGAAGCGACUCAAACCUCGCUAAGCUGGACCCUACGUCGUCGCGCUUCGACACGUUGUACUACAAGAACUUGCUGAAGCAAAAGGGUCUUCUCGGAUCAGAUCAAGUGCUUUUCGGAGGUGGCAACACCGACGAGCUAGUGAGGACGUACAGCGACAACGCCAACGCGUUUUGGAAGGAUUUCGCCAAAUCGAUGGUCAAGAUGGGGAAUAUAAAGCCGCUAACCGGAAAUCUUGGUCAGGUUCGCCAUAACUGUAGAUGGGUGAAUUAAAGUGUGUGGAUCCACACAUAUGAUUCUAGAGUUCGUGCUCAUCAAAGAGCGAGAUUAUUUUGUGUUAAGUGCUAUGUCAUUAUUUAUUUGUUCUAAAACGUGUGUCAUGGCUUUAGCUUCUAACAAAAUAUCAGGAAGCUAAUGACCUCAAUACAAGCAAUUUGUUUUAACAGUAAAAUAUGCAUACUCCUCAGUAAAAAUUUUUUUAGUGGUGUAAUUUGUUCUAUAAGU